CCACGCCUUCACCAUCCACUUCAGUCUGUAGAUCCCGUGACUCUCAGAAAAUUUUUUACGGCGAAAUUAAUACGACGAAUGUUACUAUCCAAAUCUCACCGAAUCUCCACCAUAAUGCCUCUCCGGAAAUCCAUAAAACCCCCCUCCUCUAACCCCUCAACCUCAAAGCGCUCCAAAUUCCUCUUCAUCUCCAUGGCUUCUCUCUUCACUCUUACCCUCCUCCUCUACCUCUCUCUCUCCUCUGCAACCCACCAUGACCACUCCAAACCCCCACAUUUCAACCAAACCCAGAAACCAAAACCAUCGCUUACAGCAACCCCAUCCGAGAUCCAACAAGCCUGCAAAGCCACUCGUUACCCGGACACCUGCGCAACCACCGUAUCUCAGUCAUCCAAUCUUCCCCAGAAUCCAAAACCCAUCGAUAUCAUCCAAUCAGCCAUCUCCGUCUCCACCCAGAACCUCCAAACCGCUCUGUCAAUGGCCAAAGCCAUCCUCGACUCCUCCACCGGCAACCCAAACCGGUCCACGGCGGCGAAGAACUGCUUGGAGCUACUAACUUACUCGGAAUACCGCAUUUCUUCCACAGUCGACGUUCUUCCACGUGGCAGGAUCAAGGACGCCCGGGCUUGGAUGAGCGCGGCCCUUCUCUACCAGUACGACUGCUGGUCCGCCCUCAAAUACGUCAACGAUACGUCAAAGGUCAAUGAAACGAUGGCUUUCGUGGAUUCGUUGAUUGGGUUUACCAGCAACGCUCUCAGCAUGAUCGUCUCGUAUGAUCUGUUCGGAAACGAACUGGGUUCCUGGAGACCGCCGAUGACGGAGCGGUCCGGAUUUUGGGAGGACGGUUCGAUCGGUGGGACCGAUCUUGGGUUCAAAGGCGGUUUUCCAUCAGGAUUGACGCCGGAUGUCACGGUCUGCAAGGAGGAGGGAACGGGGUGUUAUAAGACGGUUCAAUCGGCGGUUGACGCGGCGCCAGAUAACCCGGGGAUGCGCAGGUUUGUGAUCCGGAUCAAAGAAGGGGUCUACCAGGAGACCGUUAGGGUUCCGUUUCAGAAGAAGAACGUGGUAUUUUUGGGUGAUGGUAUGGGCAAAACCGUCAUCACAGGUUCGUUGAAUGUGGGCCAGCCCGGUCUUUCCACCUACAACACCGCAACAGUCGGAAUUGCUGGGGACGGGUUCAUGGCUCGGGACAUUACAUUUGAAAACACGGCAGGGCCGGACGCGCACCAAGCCGUGGCGUUCCGGUCCGAUAGCGACCUCUCUGUGGUUGAGAAUUGUGAAUUCUUGGGCAAUCAGGAUACACUCUACGCCCAUUCCCUUCGCCAAUUCUACAAAUCAUGUCGAAUCCAAGGCAAUGUUGAUUUCAUUUUUGGAAACUCGGCCUCAGUCUUCCAAGACUGCCUCAUCCUGGUCCGGCCACGCCAAGAUACGCGCAAGAAGGGCGAGAACAAUGCCGUGACGGCCCAUGGUCGGACCGACCCGGCUCAAUCGACAGGAUUCGUAUUCCAAAAUUGUGUGGUCAACGGUACAGAUGACUAUAUGGCAUUGUACUACAGCAACCCCAAGGUUCACAAGAAUUUCUUGGGUAGGCCAUGGAAGGAAUACUCUAAGACAGUGUUUAUACAUUGUUAUCUAGAGGCUCUUAUCACCCCAGACGGGUGGAUGCCAUGGAGUGGCAACUUUGCAUUGUCAACACUUUACUAUGGUGAAUUCGAAAAUACCGGGCCGGGGGCGAAAACGUCAUCGAGGGUGACAUGGAGUAACCAGAUACCGGCCGAUCAUGUAUUCGCCUAUUCAGUGCAGAAUUUCAUUCAAGGCAACGAGUGGAUACCUACAUCUUCUUGAUGAAUAUAAGUUUGCAAUAGUUUUGCUUUUGAUCAUGUCAACAAAAGAAACCAAGUAGUAGAUUUAUUCCAGGGAAAGUUUGCUUCCCUUCUGUAAUUAUGUUUCUUUUACUCUUGUUUCUUACAUGAAAGAAAAGGGGUUUUCACAAUUCUGAUAAUAGAGAAUCUGAAUUCCCAAAAUCAUGUAUAAAAAUCAAUCAGAUUGCUAGCAUUACAAAGGUGACUACUGGUCUGGUUGCAAUUUCA